CAAUAGGAAAAUAUUGAAGAUGGCCUAGCGGGUAUCUAUCAAUCUGUCAUCACCAACACCAGCAAAGAAAUGUCCUGUUUCAGUGACUUUCCAAUACCUGAAGAUUUUCCAAACUUUCUGCACAAUUCUAGGCUCCUGGAAUACUUCAGGAUUUUUGUCAAAAAGUUUGAUCUACUAAAAUAUAUUCAGUUCCAGACAACCGUCCUCAGUGUGAAAAAAUGCCUGGAUUUCUCAUCCACUGGCCAAUGGGUGGUUACCGAGAGCAAAGGCAAGGAGCAAAGUGCUGUCUUUGACGCAAUCAUGGUCUGCAGUGGUCAUCACAUACCCCCUCACCUCCCACUGGAGUCAUUUCCAGGUAUCCAGAAGUUCAAAGGCCAGUAUUUCCAUAGCCGCCAAUACAAGCACCCAGAGGGAUUUGAAAGAAAACGCAUUUUGGUGAUUGGAAUAGGAAACUCAGCCUCAGAUAUUGCAGCUGAGUUGAGUAAGAAGGCUGCUCAGGUGUUUAUCAGCACCAGACAUGGUUCCUGGGUCAUGGGCCGUAUCUCUGAAGAUGGCUAUCCCUGGGACAUGGUGUUCCACACCCGUUUUAGCUCCAUGCUCCGAAAUGUCCUGCCACGAAGAGUUGUAAAAUGGGUGAUGGAAUAACUGAUGAAUUGGUGUUUCAGCCAUGAAAAUUAUGGCCUUAUGCCUCAAAACAAAUACCGUAUGAAAGAGCCUAUACUAAGUGAUGAUCUUCCAAGUCCUAUACUCUAUGGAGCCAUCAAGGUGAAAUCAAGAGUGAAAGAGCUCACAGAAACUUCUGCCAUCUUUGAGGAUGGAACAGUGGAGGAGGACAUUGACGUCAUUGUCUUUGCAACAGGGUAUACUUUCUCUUUUCCCUUCCUUGAAGAUCCACUUGUUAAAGUAGAGAAUAAUAUGGUCUCACUGUACAAAUACAUGUUCCCUCCUCACCUGGAGAAGUCAACCCUUGCAUGCAUUGGUCUUAUCCAGCCUCUAGAUUCCAUUUUCCCAACUGCUGAGCUUCAAGCUCGUUGGGUAACAAGAGUUUUCAAAGGCUUGUGUACCUUGCCCUCGGAGAGAACUAUGAUGGCAGACAUUAUCAAGAGGAAUAAAAAAAGAAUUGACUUGUUUGGAGAGAGCAACAGCCAGAUACUGCAGACCAGUUACAUCGACUACUUGGACGAGCUCACCUUAGAGAUAUGUGCAAAGCCAGACCUCCUCUCUCUCUUGCUAAAAGAGCCUAAACUGGCUGUGAAACUUUAUUUUGGACCCUGCAACUCCUAUCAGUAUCGCCUGGUUGGACCUGGGCAAUGGAAUGGAUCCAGGAGUGCCAUCUUCACCCAGAAACAAAAGAUAUUGAAGCCUUUAAAGACACGGGCUCUAAAAACUUCAUCUAAUUUCCCAGUUUCCUUCUUGUUGAAAAUCCUGGGGCUUCCUGCUGUUGUAGUGGCCUUUUUCCAACUUUAGUGGUUCUAA